AAAAAAAAAAAAAAAGUUCUUGAGAGCCGCCCCACGACAGCUUCAAAUCGAGACUGCAGAAUCUAUUUUCUAGCUAAUUUAUCUCUCAAUUUCGGCCUUAUAUUGGUGGUCGCUUGUACAUAUAACAUAUAUGUAGCGUACAUAUCGGUAUAUCGACCUGUCAAGCAAUAUGCCGUCGCGCGCGGUGUCACCGACGCCGUCCGAAAACGAAGUCGAUAUUCUAGGAUCUUUAUUCACAGACAACAUUGGCGGCGCAUUGAGCGGGAAGAACAAAAAGAACGACGAGCAAGCCGAUUUAGACUUUGACUUUCUGAAUGGGGGCGACGAUGCAGAAGAUGAUGGCGACGAGGCCUUCAUCGCCCUUAAGCAGGCUGCUUCGUUUAGAAAAGCUGGUAACCUGAAGGGAAAGUCUGUCAAGAAGGGCGGUGGUUUUCAGGCCAUGGGUCUCAAUGCCAACUUAUUAAGAGCCAUUACACGAAAGGGCUUCUCGGUUCCCACCCCCGUUCAGAGGAAAGCUAUACCAUUAAUCAUGCAAAGGAAAGAUGUCGUCGGUAUGGCGAGGACAGGUUCUGGUAAAACAGCGGCAUUCGUUAUUCCCAUGAUAGAACGACUGAGAACCCAUAGCGCCACCGUCGGUGCGAGGGCGCUCAUCCUCUCGCCAUCUCGAGAACUGGCUAUCCAGACCCUGAAGGUCGUUAAAGAGUUCAGUCGCGGAACGAACCUCAAAUGUGUGCUCUUAGUUGGUGGUGAUAGUCUGGAGGAGCAAUUUAGCGCCAUGACUACGAAUCCCGACAUCAUCAUCUGUACCCCCGGUCGAUUUCUGCAUCUUAAGGUCGAAAUGUCUCUCGACUUAUCCUCGAUUCAAUACGUCGUCUUCGACGAGGCAGAUAGAUUGUUCGAAAUGGGUUUCGCUGCGCAAUUAACUGAAAUUCUACACGCCCUGCCCCUUUCAAGGCAGACGUUACUUUUCUCCGCCACCUUACCGGCUUCGUUAGUCGAAUUCGCCCGCGCUGGAUUACAGGAUCCGAGCUUGGUUCGAUUAGACGCAGAAACAAAGAUUUCCCCCGAUCUUCAGUCGGCAUUUUUCAGUGUCAAGAGCGCCGAGAAGGAAGGCGCUCUUCUUCAUAUCCUACACGAUAUUAUCAAGAUGCCCACGGGAUUACCAGAGGGUGUUCAGGCGGAGCCGGAGAGGCAUUCCAAAAAGAGAAAGCGAGGGUCCGAUGCACCAAGGGGAAAGGAAAAGCCAACAGAACACUCGACUAUUAUAUUCACUGCUACAAAGCAUCACGUCGAGUAUCUGCAAUCUCUACUUACCCAGUCAGGAUUCGCAGUCUCGUACGUAUACGGUUCCCUAGACCAGACGGCCAGAAAAGAACAGGUCGAAAACUUCAGAUGUGGUCGUUCCAAUAUUCUGGUAGUGACGGACGUGGCCGCGCGAGGUAUUGAUAUUCCAAUUCUUGCCAACGUGAUCAACUACGACUUCCCUCCGCAACCCAAAGUCUUCGUUCAUCGAGUCGGUCGUACGGCGAGAGCGGGACAGAGGGGUUGGAGUUAUAGUCUUGUGAGAGAUACGGAUGCGCCGUAUCUGUUAGAUUUGCAACUAUUCUUGGGCAAGAAGCUUGUUCUUGGCAAAGAAGGCAAGGGUGCUACAAACUUCUCAGAAGAUAUUACGGUUGGAGCUCCAGUUCGAAGCAACAUAGAAACCAACGUGGAAUGGCUCAACAAGGUCUUAGGAGAGAGUGAAGAUAUUAGUGCUCUUCGGAGAGUAGCGGCGAAAGCCGAGAAGCUCUAUAUGAGGACACGCAAUUCGGCAUCCAGCCAGAGUGCCCGACGUGCGAAAGAAAUCGUCGCGUCAAAAGGCUGGACGCAACUCCAUCCCAUUUUCGGCGACGAGUUAGGAGAGGCCGAAGAUGCCCGCGCGGAAAUGCUCGCGAAGAUCAGCGGAUUCAAGCCGCAAGAAACGAUCUUCGAAAUCGGCAGAUCGGCCAAGUCAGGCAAGAACGAGGCGGCCGACGUGAUGAAGACCAUUCGUGAGCGUUUUGGUCCUCGCAAAUCUGGCAAAGACGAGGAGGUGGACGAGGCUGAGGAAAUGGACGGUAUAGAAGGCUUCGGCGAGGAAGACGAAGAAAUGGCAGACGGCGCUCCGGAAUCCGAUGCCGAACCUAAUAAUUUCGAAGACGAAGACGAAGACGAUGACGAUGACGAUGAUUCCGAUCUCGAAGUCACCAUAUCCAACCACACCAACACCAAAUCCUCCUCCUCCUCCAAAGACCCAAUCUCCUCCUUCCAAGACUCCGAGGUCUUCAUGUCGUACACGCCCCGAACCAUCAACGCCGCCGAGGAGCGCGGCUACGGCGUGCACUCGGGUUCCAAUUCCCAGCCUUCCGGCGCCGCCGCCAGCAGCACGGGCAACUUCGUCGCCGCGGCCCGCGACCUGACCAUGGACCUGACGAACGACGAGGGCGCCAAGAACUUCGGCGUCCCGGCCCGCGCCCGCAUGCGCUGGGACAAGAAGGCCGCCAAGUACGUGGCGCGCGACAACGACGACGACGGGUCCCGCGCCCAGGCCGGCGGCGGGAAACGCCUCGUCCGCGGCGAGAGCGGCGUCAAGAUCGCCGCUAGCUUCCAGAGCGGCCGCUUCGAUAGGUGGCGCCGCGCCCAGCGCCUCGGCCGGCUGCCCCGCGUCGGCGAGUCCGAGAAGAAGCUUCCUCGCGCGGGCGCGCCCGUCGGCGGCGAGGGACCGCGCGGUGGUGCUGGUGCUGGUGCUGCUGAGGGUGGCGUUCGGUACAAGCACAAGCAAGAAAAGGCCCCCAAGGAGGCGGACAAGUACCGCGACGACUACCACGUGCGCAAGAAGCGCGUGGCGGAGGCGCGCGAGAAGCGUGUGGGUCGGUUCAAGGACGGCAUGGGCAGUAAGAAGGAGGUUAAGAGCAUGGAGGAUAUACGCAAGGCGCGUGUGAUUAAGGAGAAGAAGAAGGCGAAGAACGCGAGGCCGUCGAGGAAGUAGUUGAAGGAUUUAUAGUCAGUACCUACCGACCUAAGUUAUAUAAAAUAUUUACGUACUUUACAUACGUUUGCAUUAGGUACUCUGUUUACUUCAAAGUCACGUCUACGUAGAGCAGUAAGAAUGUCGAGAAAAUAGUUCAAGUACCUAGGUUAAAGCAGGUAAUCAUGCUUUAUUACCAACGAUACAACGUCGACGAACCCAAACCACAAAGGUCCCGGAGCCAUUUCCACCAUAUAUCUAAUGCGUGGGACCA